UUCACAGCUGGAUGCGAGAGGAAACUCCAGAUCUGUGAGCGCUGCUCCUCCUCCUCCUCCCCUGCUGAGACCCAGCAAACAACUGCUGACCAUCAUCACAUGUGUGCUGCAGGCCGGACGGAGGCUACAGGGAGAGGAUUGUGUUGCGGCCGCCGGACGGUUAAUGUGUCAUCUGGACAAAUAUUUGUGAAGAGGAGUCAGCGGGGGCAGGGACACGACUCCUUCUGCGCUGCCACCCAGAUCCAGACGCCAUGCUGCUGGGACUGUCCGCUCUCGCCCUGCAUGCCAUCGGCUUAGUCGCCGCAGUCCAGCGCAGCCCGCUCAAUGACUACCAGAGGUCCAAGGCCACCGAGCUAGUGCACCUGUACGAAGGAAACCUCAAGGAGGAGACCAAGGAGGACGUCCACAUCUGCGCCAAGAAGUGCUCGGAGCUCCUGGACUGCAGGUCCUUUGAUUAUAACCUGAGGUCCCGCAGCUGUCGGUUGCUCCCAUGGACUCAGGCCUCCGCUCACGUUACGCUGCAGAAAAAUAUUAACUAUGACGUUUACCAGAAGAAAGAUUAUGUCCGUGACUGUAUCACGGGUGACGGGGUGUCGUACCGCGGAACAGUGUCCAGGACGAGAUUAGGGAAGACGUGUCAGCACUGGAGGCUGAAAUUCCCCCAUGACCACAAAUAUUCCCCAAGCAAUCAGAAUGGGCUAAAUGAGAAUUACUGCCGCAACCCGGAUCGGGACCCCACAGGCCCCUGGUGCUACACAACCGACAAGAACGUCCGGCACCAGAUGUGCGGCAUCAAAAAGUGCGAGGAGGCUAUCUGCUUGACCUGCAAUGGGGAGGAUUACCGCGGAUCCUUGGACCGGACGGAGACGGACAGAGAGUGCCAGCGCUGGGACCUGCAGAGCCCGCACCGCCAUCCCUACAACCCGGAGAAGUAUCCGGACAAGCACCUGGAUGACAACUACUGCCGGAACCCGGACAGCUCGGAGCGGCCCUGGUGCUACACCACCGACCCCGGGACCGAGCGCGAGUACUGUAGCAUCGCCAAAUGCACAGAUAAGCAGCGCCUGCACAGUGUGACGGUCUCCAGCAGCUGCUUCUCUGGGAAAGGCGAGGGUUACCGCGGGAAGGCGGCGCUCACCACCUCCGGGAUUCCCUGCCAGAGAUGGGAUUCCCAGACCCCGCACAAGCACCGCUUCCAGCCCGACAAGUACCCCUGCAAAGGGCUGGAGGAGAACUACUGCCGCAAUCCCGACGGCUCAGAAGCCCCCUGGUGCUUCACCACGGACCCCAAGAUGAGGAUGGCGUACUGCUUCCAGAUCAGACGCUGCCCGGACGAUGUGCUGGAUGUGGGAUGUUUCUACGGUAACGGUGAGACUUAUACAGGAACCGCCAACCGGACGAGGAAGGGGAUCCCGUGCCGCCACUGGAGCGAGACGUCCAACGAGCUGCAGAUCCCGUCCGCCGACCCCCUGCAGGAAAACUACUGCCGCAACCCGGACGGCGACAGCCACGGCCCCUGGUGUUACACGAAGGACCCCAACACGCCCUUCGACUACUGCGCUAUCAAACCGUGCGAUGGAGAGUCGGCUGUCAGCCUUAAAGAAGCAGAAAACAUUGCCUUCGACUCCUGUGGUAAGAGGACGGACCGCGAGGUGAAGAAGGGGCGGAUGGUGGGCGGAGUCCCAGGAAACUCGCCCUGGACCGUCAGCUUACGCAACAGACAGGGAGAGCACUUCUGCGGGGGGUCCCUGGUGAAGGAGGACUGGGUGAUCAGCACCCGGCAGUGCUUCUCCUCCUGUGAUGCUGACCUCUCCGGGUAUCGUGCCAUGGUGGGCACGCUGUUCACCAACCCAGGACCCAAUGACCCCGACAUGCAGUUUGUGCCCAUCAGCGGGAUCAGGUGCGGCCCCUCCGACUCCGGCCUGGUGCUGCUGAAGCUGGAACGGCCCGUGACCCUGAACUCCAGAGUGGCGCUCAUCUGCCUCCCCCCGGAGAGGUACAUCGUGCCCCCCGAGACCAAGUGUGAGAUCGCCGGCUGGGGGGACACGCAGGGGACGGGACAUGAGGGCGUCCUGAAGGUGGCGCAUUUCUACGUGAUGAGUAACGAUGAGUGUAACACGUACAGCAAGAGCCGGAAGCUGGUGCUGGACAACGAGAUCUGCACCCGGCCCAUGCCCGUGGAGCUGGGGGCGUGCGAGGGGGACUAUGGGGGUCCGCUCGCCUGCCUGACGCAUGACUGCUGGGUGCUGGAGGGCGUCAUCAUCCCGGCCCGCGGAUGUGGGAAGAAGAACGCCCCGGCCGUCUUCACCAGGGUCUCCAUCUAUGUGGACUGGAUCAACAAGGUGAUGAAGAUGAUGUAG